CAGUUUUCUUAGCACCUACGUUCUGUACAGUCAGAAGACAUUAAUUCAGCUGUACCGAGUCGCCUCAGAUUGGUAAAGUCGUGUAUAUAUACGGAGUGAAGACUAAUUUGAGCUUCUGCCAGAGGAGAGGUCCAGGCGGGCGUGAUGGGCGUCAAAACUUUAAUGGCACUCUUGGCCCUGGCGGUGGCCUUGACCGACGGAUGUCCUAUCGAUGACACGCCCUCGACCCCUAGUUCCUCGAGCGAAGGAGUCACCGAAGGACCCCAGCCGGUGACAGACGGAGAACCCACGACCUCGACAUCCUCAAAGUCAUCCGAGGAGGAAAUGGAAGAGGAGGAAGAGAAGGGAGAUAAGGAGGUUGAUGCCCAGCGCACCUACGGGAAGGGGAGACCAAAGGGACCUUUCGGAUAUUACGGUUUCUUUGAGGACGAUAAGAAAGUUCUUGGGACAGCUUUGCAAGAAAAAGCGGAAAGAGACGCAGUCAUGACUAGCGACCCCAAUGCUACAGCAGCCGAUCCAAGAGCUCUUCAAUACGUGUUUCCAGCUGGGAUGGACUUCCCGUCAGCUGCCAACGGUGCCAUGGCGACACCUUUUGUACGCUGAUUGCGCUGGCAGGAAAGAUGUUCUCGAGAUUAUAUGGCUUGGCAGUUAGGGGUAACGAUUUUUUUUUUUUUUUUUCGUGAGGACAUUACUUGAGGAGAUAUUCAUUGCUUUUGCUGUGAUGGAAUUUUAAUGUAUGUGCUUGACUUUAAUAAAAGCUAUUUCUUGUGCAAUAAAGAGGAAUCAAA